GUUGUAGAAUCAUCGUUGGAACAACUAGAAUGUGACCCCACUGAAAUAGAAGAAUUUGUGGAACAAUUUGCUUUUUUGGAUACAAUUUCUUCAAAAAUAUCUAGAUUGGAAAAAGAGUACUCAACAGUUUCUCAGCUAUAUUCUGUUGUAAAGUAUUAUGAAGUUGAUAUUUCAGAAGAGCAAAAUGCCCUAUAUAAAAUUCUCUCUAUCAAGUUCAGUCAGCUAAAAACAUCUCUGAAGUUAAGUACAACCACCAGAGAUGCAGCUAUCGCUAAGUUCAGGAAUAACUUGGAAUCAUGUAUUACCCGAUUACGAGUGGACGUUAGCAAUUUAAAAGCCAAAAUAAGAACUCCUGUUCUCUUGUGUGCAAGUACGAAAGCAGCAACAGCAAUGGAAAUGGUCCGGAGUCUGUCAGAGGAAGUUGCAAGUCUGGCUCACAAAGCUGACAUAUAUUCAAAUUACCAGGAUCAUUUCGAGGACUCCCAGCAUCAAAUACACUCUUUUAGUUUGGAGGAGAUUGCUCAGAUUGUGCUCUCAGAGAUUGCUGACAUUGAAUGUGACUUAACCUUGAGGAAAAUACUGUGGGAAGCACAAGAGGAGUGGGGAACACUCUUUUGGGAAUGGAGGAAAUGUUCUCUUCAAACUAUUGAUGUAGAUUUAGUGCAGAGAAGUGUUUCAAAGUGGCUGCAUAUAAUCCAUGUGCUAGAAAAAGGUUUGCCUAAAAAUGACAUGGUAGCACACCUUAAGCAGUCAGUGAUGGAUUUUAAACAAAAGCUGCCUAUUAUCAUGGCAAUGGGAAACCCAUGUCUGAAGCCCAGGCACUGGGAGGCUAUACAGGAGGUCGUGGGAAAGUCCCUUGAUAAAAACUGUCCAGUGGAGGAUCUGCUAGCCCUCAAGAUGUUUCAAUAUGAGAGUGAAAUAAAUGAAAUAUCAAUCUCAGCAACUAAUGAAGCUGCUCUUGAAAAAAUGCUGUUUAAGAUUAUUGAUCUUUGGAACACAACUCCUUUACACUUAGUUCUUCAUCACACAGAGACUUACUCUAUCUUGGUAAUCUCAUCUAUAGAUGAUAUAUUAGCUCAGUUAGAAGAAUCUCAAGUUGUACUUACAACAAUUAAAGGAUCUCCCUAUCUUGGGCCAAUUAAGGACCUUCUGAGUGAAUGGGAUCGAAACUUAAAUCUCUUCUCCCAUACCCUUCAGGAAUGGAUGAAUUGCCAAAGAAAUUGGCUUUAUCUUGAACCAAUCUUUCAUUCUUCAGAAAUACAAAGGCAGCUCCCAGAAGAAACAAAACUUUUCUCUCGGGUUAUCUCCAUAUGGAAGGAAGUAAUGUCAAAAAUUCUAAACAAACUGGAUGCUUUAAGAAUAACCACCUCUGCAGGAGUCCUUGAGCUCCUGCAACACUGUAAUACACACCUUGAGCAUGUGAAGAAAAGGCUUGAGGAUUACCUUGAAACUAAAAGGAUGAUUUUCCCAAGAUUUUACUUUCUCAGCAAUGCUGAACUUCUCGAUGUCCUAAGUGACAGCAGGAAUCCUGAGUCUGUGCAGCCUCAUCUUGGGAAAUGUUUUGAAAAUAUAAAACAAGUAUUGAUAUGCAAAGAAGAAGUUGGCCCUCCCUCUGUCAAAAUGCUCAUAUCUGCUGAAGGAGAAGGUCUUAUACUGCCAAAGAAAGUUCGUAUAAGAAGUGCUGUAGAGCAGUGGCUGGUAAACGUAGAAAAAAACAUGAUUGAUAUGCUUAAAAAAGAAAGUUUCAUAUACAACAUUGUGAUGAUUUUUCAGAGCCAGAUCAUGUUUUACAAUGAUUGUAUCAAAAGUUUUGAGAGUUCUCAUUCAAAAGAAGAGUUGGAGAAAGUCCACAUUGAUGUGAUGAAUCAUCUAAAAGAAAUUGCAGAGCUCGUUGUGAUAAACACUAGUAACUUGAGAGCAAAAAGUGUUCUAGAGGCAUUGCUCACCCUUUAUGUCUACUGCAGAGAUAUUGUGGUAGAUUUGCUACUUAAAGAUAUCUUCCAUGCCGAGGAUUUUGAGUGGACAAGGCACUUGCAGUAUAAGUGGAAUGAAAAACGCAAGUUGUGUUACGUGUCUCAAGGAGAUGCCAGCUUCGUUUAUGGCUACGAGUACUUGGGCUGCUCCCCGAGGCUGGUUAUCACACCCCUCACUGACCGCUGCUGGCUGACCCUCACCGGAGCCCUGAGCCUGAACCUGGGCGGUUGCACAGCUGGCCCUGCAGGUUCAGGGAAAACUGAGACUAUUAAAGACCUGGCAAAGGCCUUAGGUAAACAUUGUGUAGUCUUCAACUGUUUUGAAGAUUUGGAUUAUAAGAUAGUGGGAAAGUUCUUCUUCGGGUUAGUUCAAUCAGGCGCCUGGUGCUGUUUUGACGAGUUCAACCUCAUAGACGUGGAAGUCCUCUCUGUCACCGCCUCGCAAAUCCUGCAGAUCAAGGUUGCCAAAGAUAGCUACUCUGUCAGGUUUAUACUGGAUGGAAAAGAAAUGCGUAUCAACAUGUCUUGUGCAGUGUUUAUCACUAUGAACCCUGGGUAUGGAGGUCGAGUAGAGCUCCCAGAUAACUUAAAGUCUCUGUUUCGCCCAGUGGUAAUGAUAAUGCCCAACUAUCAAAUGAUUGCUGAAAUAAUACUGUUUGCAUUUGGCUUCGAUUCUGCAAAAUCACUCUCUGGAAAGCUAGUUAACCUUUAUGAAUUAGCUAACAAACAGCUCUCACAACAGGCUCAUUAUGAUUUUGGCUUGAGGUCUUUGAAGGCAGUUUUAUUAAUGGCCGAAAAGAAGAGGCAAGAAUUUAAAUGUGACAAUCUUUGUGAAGCAAGUGAAGCUCUGGUCAUUAUUGAGGCAGUCAGAGAAGCUACUCUAUCAAAAUUUCUUCCUGAAGAUGUCCCACUUUUUGAAAAGAUUAUUGGAGAUAUUUUUCCUGGAGUAACAGUUCCAAAAGUAAAUCAACUUGCACUGGAGAAAGUAAUACAUAUCGCAACAGAACAAUUAGGCUUUCAGCAUUGGCCACCUCAGAAAGAGAAGAUCAUACAGUUUCAUAAUCAACUUCAGGCUCGUGUUGGUGUGAUGUUAGUGGGCCCAACAGGUGGAGGAAAGACAACAGCCAGAAGAAUUUUAGAAAAAGCCUUAAUAUUGUUACCAGCUGUAGACCUCUUGUCACUUAAAGACAGGCAAUCUGCUUCAAAGAUUCCAGGAAAAAAAGGAAAAGUAGAUAUUUAUGUUUUAAAUCCAAAGUGUAUCACUCUCAGUGAACUCUAUGGACAACUGGAUCCUAAUACUAUGGAAUGGACUGAUGGGUUAUUAUCAGCAGCAGUUUGAAAUUAUGUAUAUUCGAACCCUGCAAGUUACUCAAAGAGAGACACUGAUCUCGGACUAAAGUCAAGAAUCUCAGACUUAUCGAAUGUUUUCCAACUUGAAUCCUCUGACCCAACAGAUAUCGAUGAUAGUUUUGUGAAGGAUACAGUGAAAGAUGACAAAAUUCUAGAAAGUCACAGUUUUGACUGGCAAUGGAUUGUCUUGGAUGGCCCAGUGGACAUCUUGUGGGUAGAGAAUCUGAACUCUGUGCUGGAUGACACAAGAACACUGUGUCUGGCCAACAGUGAGAGAAUAGCACUUACUAGCAGUAUACGCAUGAUCUUUGAAGUGGACAGUCUCUCUCAGGCCAGUCCAGCUACUGUCAGCCGGUGUGCAAUGGUGUACAUGGACCCUGUUGAUCUUGGAUGGGAGCCUUAUAUUAAGUGUUGGCUUUUGAAAACUUCUAACAUUAUGAGUCAAUCAGGAGUGGAUUGUCUUGAAUCCAUGAUUAAAAAAAGUGUCCCAGAUGGACUACAAUUUAUAAAGAAGCAUCAGAAAUUUCUGCCAUAUCCUAUGCAGGAUAUAACAAUCGUCACAACCCUCUGCAGAAUUCUUGAUGCUUUCUUUGAAUUCAUGAGUACAAAAGGAGGAUUUGGACAAAGUGAUGAUAAGGAUGGAACUUCAACCAAGGAGACAAAAUCUUUAAAAGUCAGAUACAAGGAUUCAGAAAAGAGGUCAUAUGAAAACACAUGGUAUCUGGAGAAAAAUCCUGAUAAAUUGACAGUAAUGCUUCAAAAACUGUUUGUGUUUGCAUUUACCUGGGCAUUUGGAGGAACUUUAAAACGUGAAGAUGAGCAUGAAGAUGACACACUAUUUUUUUCAACUUUUGAAACAGAUUCUUUUGCAGAAGUUACCUAUAAUUUUGACAACCUUGUUCAUGAAAUAUUUGAAGCUAUAGGUAUCAAACUACCAAUUGGUGAGCGAUCAGUCUUUGGGUAUUUUGUUGAUAUUCAGCAAUGUGAAUUCAUACCUUGGUCAGAUUUAGUUCCUAAUGUCCAUUCACUAAUUCAAAGAGGGACAUCACUACUGACCAACCUUCAGGGACCUGGUGAACACAUGAUGGCCGAGUGUGAAGGCUGUGUUAGUCACACCGCCACCAGAGAUACCACAUGCCUUGCUUUUCUCAUGAGCCUUCUCCUAAAGAACUCCUGCCCCGUGCUUCUUACAGGAGAGUCUGGUGUUGGGAAAACUGCUACCAUUAAGCAAAUGCUUGAGAAGUUAGAGGGCCCGGAAGCAUUUGCUGUAAAAUACGGGUCUAUUUUAGGAGAAGUCCUAUUACAUAAUGAAAUUAAGAAGUCAAGGUUUCUCAAGCAGAAUAUCAGCAUCUUGAUUUCUGAGUCCCACAAGACAGCAGCCGGAACUAUGGAUAAUACUAAGAAGCUCGAAGCUGGAACUGUUAAAAGUUCAUUUAAAAAUAAUAACAAUAAAGGAAUUGUAGUCUCUACAAUAAAUUUUAACACCAACAUUACAGCCGCUAAAACAAAGGAAAUGAUUCUUAAGAAGUUAAUAAGAAGAAGUAAAGAUACUCUUGGAGCACCCAAAAACAACAAGAUUAUAAUAUUUAUUGAUGAUAUGAAUAUGCCGAUAUCAGAUAUAUAUGGAGCCCAGCCACCCCUGGAAUUGAUCAGACAAUUAUUAGACAUGGGGGGGGUUUAUGAUACUGAAAGAAAUACAUGGAAGAAUAUUCAAGAUUUUGCUGUAGUUGCUUCCUGUGUUCCUGCAGUAGGUGGGAAUGACAUUAGCCCACGUCUUCUCAAGCAUUUUUCCACACUGGUACUGCCUCAUCCUCCACAAAGUGCCUUAUGUACCAUUUUCCAGGCUCAUUUGGGAAUCUUUUUCUCCAACAAUAACUUCACAUCCGAAGUUCAGAAAUGUAAGGCUCAGAUAGCAUCUUGUUCCUUCGCUGUAUACCAUGAAGUAUGUAAGACUAUGUUACCCACUCCAACAAAAUGCCACUAUAUGUUCAAUCUUCGAGACAUGUUCAAGCUUCUCUUAGGAUUGCUGCAAGCUGACAGGACAGUUAUUUACAACAAAGAGAUGGCUGCUCUGCUCUUUGUUCAUGAAGCUACCCGCGUGUUUCAUGACCGCUUAAUUGAACCCGCUGAGAAAAGCCUUUUCUAUCAGCUGCUUUCAAAGCAACUGGAGAACUGUUUCCAGCUUGGAAUGGAUGGAUGUGGAAAAGAAACUUGUGCGACCUUGGCCUGUUACUUGGCAGAUCACGAACUACACCUGGUGCCUGAGUCUUACAACUAUGCCUACACAGAGUUCAAGGAGAUGCUUAAAAACGUGCUCAUUCAAGCAGGAUUAGAAGGGAGCCCUUCUGUCCUGAUGCUCACCAGCUUAUACCGAGAACAAGAAUCAUUUUUGGAAGAUUUGAGCUUCAUUAUCAAUGCAGGAAAAAUAAUUGAAUUGUUUGAAAAUGAGGAACUAGAUUCUGUUGCAAUGAGGAUUAGAUCUGUUGCUGAACAGUCUGGCUAUAUGGAUAAUAGACAAUCUUUACUUUCAUUCUUCCAAAAGAGAAUAUAUAAAAGUUUCCACAUUUUUAUGAUCAUGAGUCCGGUAGGAUCUGACUUCCGCCAAACCUGCAGAGCAUAUCCUUCCAUGAUUAGCUCCUGCACAAUUGACUUCUACCAUCGGUGGCCGGAAGAAGCUCUGUUUGUUGUGGCCAACUCCUACUUAGGAGAGAAGGUGAAUCUAGAGAACAGAGAGAGCUUAAAAGAAAAUUUUGCCCCAACAUGUGUUCAAAUCCACGAAAGUAUGAAAGACUUGAGUAUGAAAUACUUUCAAGAAACUAGAAGGCAUUGCUAUGUUACUCCCAGCAACUACUUACAAUUCAUGGAAACAUUUGUACACAUUUUGAGGUCACGAGAGGAGGAGAUGAAAAUGAAGAGGAACCGUUUCUACAUGGGUCUGUCCAAGAUCCUGGAAGCAACCACACUAGUCACAGAAAUGCAGGAGGAGCUCUUGAUUCUUGGUCCUCAAAUAGAGCAAAAAACAAGGGAAACAGAACUCCUGAUGGAAAAGCUGCAGAAAGAUUCACAAGUAGUCGAGAGAGUUCAGAUGCUUGUUAAGCAGGAUGAAGAAAUUAUGGCAGAAGAAGUAAGAAUCGUGGAAGACUAUGCUCAGAAAGCUGCCAGUGAGCUGAGAAAUGUGCUGCCAGCUCUAGAAAAGGCCAUCGUAGCUCUAAACGCCCUGGAUAAGGCCGAUGUGUCCGAAUUAAGAGUGUACACACGGCCACCCUUCCUCAUACUGACCGUCAUGAAUGCAGUGUGUAUCCUGCUGCAAAAGAAGCCUAACUGGGCCACUGCAAAGCUGCUGCUUUCAGAGACUGGUUUCCUAAAGAAGUUGAUCAACCUUGACAAGGACAGCAUCCCCGAUAAGGUUUUUCUGAAGCUGAAAAGAAUUUUAAACUUGCCUGAUUUCAACCCAAACAAAGUUGCUCUGGUCUCUGUUGCUUGUUGCUCAAUGUGCCAGUGGGUUAUAGCUUUGAACAACUAUCACGAUGUGCAGAAGUUGGUGGGCCCUAAACAAGUCCAAGUAGCCGAAGCUCAAAAUGUCCUUAAAAUUGCAAAGCAAAGAUUGGCUGAAAAACAAAGAGGCGUACAGAUGGUUGAAGAGCAUCUGCUGUUUUUGCAGACCGCCUACAAAGAUACCAUAGCUGAGAAGCAACAGUUAGCAAACCGGAGAAAAGUGGCUACCAGGCGCCUGCAGUGCGCGUCCGUCCUGCUGAGUGUCCUGGGAACAGAGAAGACAAGAUGGCAAGAAACAAUCAACCAAAUCGACAGCAAGCUGGAAGGGGUCUUGGGGGAUAUCCUUCUCUCAGCGGCCUGCAUCGUCUACAGUGGGGUGCUGACGCCAGAAUUCCGCCAGCUGAUGGUGACCAAGUGGGAGAGUCUGUGCAUGGAAAACAAAAUCUCCUUAUCUUCCAGAUUUUCCUUGAUAGAAGUGAUGGCAGAGAAAAAUGAGAUUCGCCAGUGGCACAGCCAGGGGCUGCCGCUUGGCCAGCACUCAACAGAGAAUGCCAUCCUGAUGAAGCACGGCCAGCAGUGGCCCCUGCUGAUCGACCCGCACAAACAGGCCUACAAGUGGAUCCGCCAGAUGGAAGGCCCCAGGCUGCAUGAGCUGUCCAUCGAGGACAGCAACUACCCCAAAAAGAUCGAGAGUGCUGUGAAAACAGGCAUGAGUAUCCUCCUGCAGAAUCUUCCUGAAACCCUCUCUCCAGGCUUGAAAGCAAUCUUGAAGAAGGACAUUUAUCAGAGAAGAGGGCAAUACUUUAUUAGAGUUGAUGAUUCUGAGAUUGAAUACAAUGUCAAAUUCAGGUUAUACUUGUCUACAGAAAGAGACAAUCCCCAUUUUCUUCCAUCAGUUUGUAACUUUGUUACUAUGAUCAAUUUCACCAUUACAUUCCACGGUUUGCAAGAUCAACUCUUGUCGACAGUAGUGACUCACGAAGUUCCUCAUUUGGAAGAUGAGCGCUGCCAGCUACUGGAGAGCAUUUCUCGUGAUGCUGUAACUCUUGAAGAGCUGGAGGAGAAGACGCUGACCCUACUGCAGAAAGCACAAGGAUACAUAUUAGAUGAUGAGGAAAUUGUUGAUACCUUAAGCAAAUCUAAAAUCACUUCAAAUGAGAUCUCAAAACGCAUCAAAGCAACAGUAAAGGCAGAAAGUGAACUCCAGGCAACGCGUAAAAGCUACCUCCCCAUCGCUACGCGGGGCACCCUGCUCUACUUCCUCGUGGCCAGUCUCACACAAGUCAACUACAUGUACCAGUUCUCCCUGGACUGGUUUCGUAAGGUGUUCGUUUCAUCAGUUUCCAAAAGAAAAGAACAAGAGGGCGGUUUGGAAAGUGACACAAUGCCUCUGGAAAAAGUGGAUGAGAUUCCAAAUGUCUCAAGUCAGUCUAACUUGGAAAGUGGAGAGAAUCUAGUAGACAAUCAUGUUAAAAACUCCAUAGAGGUGCUGACCAGAAAUGUUUUUAAGGUCGUCGCUGCAGCUUUAUUUAAUCAGCAUAAACUUUGUUUCUCCUUUUUGCUUUGCACCACAAUCAUGCAACACAAUGCGGACAGCAAUGUGAGCACAGACAACAUCGGGUUCCUACCAGACAAAGAGUGGAACAUCUUCCUGUACUCUGGAAUAUUGAUAAACAUUAAAACUGUACUACCCAGGCCUGGGCUCGAUGCUGUGUUUGAAGCACGUAGGAAAGAACACCUGCAGUGGCUGUCAGCCCAGAAGUGGAAGCAGUGCCAAUAUGUCGCCACACACCUGGAGCCCUUCUCCCUCCUCUGCAAGUCCCUGCUGUCCAAUGCCCGGCAGUGGGAUGCCUUCAGGGACAGCAUGAGUGUGUACUCCCUGGUCAGCAUGCCUUUCUCUGCAGAAAAUGCUUCCCCGGAGGAGAGUGUGACCCGGCCAGAGGAAACAGAACCUUGGGAUGAAGGUGAAGAAAUGCAUAAUCCUAUAAAUUUUCCCUGGGAGAACCUCACUCCAUUUCAAAGACUCAUUUUGAUAAAAAUUCUUAGACCAGAACGUUUAAAGAGUUCGGUGGGAAAUUUUGUAACUGAAAAAAUGGGAAAGGAAUAUAUCCACCAAACCGCAGUUAAUCUGAAAGAGUCGUACAGAGAAUCCACAGCAGAGACUCCGCUAAUCCUGAUCCACUCCGAUGGGGUGGACCUCACCAGCAUUCUCCUGAGAUUUGCACAAGAGUUAAAAGGAACGACAAAGCACGUGACCAUGAUUUCCUUGGGCCGAGGCCAGGCGGCCAAAGCUGAAGAGCUCAUGGCCACAGCGCUGGCCAAAGGGCAGCAGUGGGUCUUCCUGCAGAACUGCCACCUGGCUGCAUCCUUCAUGCCGCGGCUUUGUGCUGUAGUGGAAUCACUCAGUAGUCCAGAUGUGACAUUACACCCUGAGUUUAGGCUGUGGCUAAGCUCGAAAUCAGACAGUUCUUUCCCAAUUUCGAUUCUUCAGACGGGUAUAAAGAUUGCCAUGGAAUCUCCCCAAGGACUGAAGAGCAAUUUACUUCAGACGUUUGGAUAUGGUGGGAGUGGAUUGGUGACAGAAGAGAUAUUUGAAAGGUCUGACUGUGGACCAUGGUGGAAAAAACUUCUAUUUAGCCUUUCUUUUUUCAAUGCUGUGAUCAAUGAAAGAAACAACUAUGGAACGCUAGGCUGGAAUAUCCCUUACAACUUCAUCUCUUCAGACUUGGAGGUGUCCAUAAAGGUGCUGGGAAACGCCUUGAGCAAACAGCCGGACAUCCCCUGGCCGGCGCUGCAAUACCUGAUCGGGGACGUGAUCUACGGGGGGCGGCUGACAGACAUCUGGGACAGUCGAUGCUUGAAGACUCUUCUCUACAAGUUUUGUAGCCCCAAGGUGCUGAAGGGCGACUUCAGUUUCUCUGUGCCCAGCUCCGCAAGGUUCAAUGACUACAUACACAUCAUCCAGUCCCUGCCUGAUGACGACUCUGCAGAGGUCUUAGGAAUCCACCCUGAGGCCACGAGGAGCUGCAGGGAGACCCAGGCCCAGAAGUUCAUUGACACUCUCAUUGCCCUGCAGCCACGAGAGGCCCCUGUCACCCUCAUGAUCAGUCCCGAGCACAGUAAUGAUGAACUGGUGCUGGAGAUGGUGUCUGACAUACUGAGUCGGCUGCCACUGACAGUGGAGAAGGAGGAGUCUUCUGGGUCUGGGCACCCAAGCACGCUGAAAGGACUUGUGUCAAGCUCCAUCUGGCAGGUGCUCCUCCAAAACAAAGAAGACCAAGAUCCCCUUAUCCAGUGUGUCUUGAUAACCCUUUUGAACCAAGAGAUAGAACGGUUUGAUAAGUUAUUAUCUGUCAUACACAAGUCGUUAAAAGACCUUCAACUGGCUAUAAAAGGGGAGAACAUUCUCACUCAGGAGCUGGAGGAGAUCUAUGACUGUUUUCUCAGGAUGAAAGUGCCCACACUGUGGCAGAAACACGCUUACAGGUCGUGCCGGCCCCUGAGCUCCUGGGUGACGGACCUCACCCAGCGACUGAGUUUCUUCAACACCUGGGCUAAAGUGGCUUACACCGCAAUCCACCAUCGGUACAUAAGAUUAGUCGCGCACUGGAAGCAGACUGCGAGCCGAAAGUCCAAAUGGCCCACUGAGCAGAGUGAGGGUCUCUUUGAAGGAUUUCCUGCAAGAUACUGGCUCCCAGCCUUCUUCUUCCCACAAGGCUUUCUUAUUGCUGUGCUUCAAGACUACGGGAGGGCCCACGGGAUCUCCACAGACAUGCUGACUUUCACCCAUCACGUGAUCUCUGACCACAGCGAGGAGGGAGACGAGGAGUUCUCUGUAGUCAUCCACAAGAAGCUCAACAUAGUCAGGAGGGCCUUCCAGGGCUUGGCCAACACUCACAAAGGAGUACACACGUUUGGUUUAUUCAUCGAGGGGGCACAGUGGAAUCAUGAACAAAAACUACUGGAAGACUCACUGCCUCUUGAGAUGUGCUGUGACUUUCCUGACAUAUACUUUCUGCCUACACAGAUUUCUACUGAAACAUCCAAUGCUUCUACCAAGACAGAUUUAGAACUCUACACUUUUGAAUGUCCAGUUUACCAAACACCUAAGAGGUCAAGAAUUGUGACAACUACUGGUUUGUCAACAAACUUUUUAACAUCAGUGUAUUUACCAACAAAGAAGCCUCCCACUCACUGGAUCACCAUGCAGGUCGCACUGCUGUGUGAGAAGAAAGAAUGAAAAAUAAAUUUCAUACAAACCAUUUAAAGUUUCGACUGUUAGCAGCGUCACGUGUCGACAAUCACAUGCAGGCAACUCCUUCAUAACACUGUGUGUGUGUCCAGGCAGACUGGACAGGUGUGGCCUCUGCCUUUCAUCUGCCUAAGCGAGGGAGGCCCAACUCUCAGCCUCUGCCUGGCUCCCUCGCACAGCACGUGUGCCAUUACAUACAAGACGUGCAGGUCAUUCUCUGGAAGGCCUCCUCUGGCUGCUGAGUGAGUAGACACAGAACAGCGCUGCUAGACUGGCCACAGCCUUCUGAGACAACUCGCAGGGUCUUCUUCCCCUAGAGAUGCAGGUUUGCUCUGACCAUCCCAGCUGGCUCUACCCACUGAAAACCCAAAUCCUGAAAAUUCCAUAAAUUGGGUUAAUAUCCAACUUACUAAGUGUACUCUCUAACAAUAGCUAUCAUUCCUGAUUCCCUUACCCCCUGUGCCACGUGGGCACAUCAGGCAGAUUCAUGCUGGAGGAAACAAGUGCUCCAGGAUGAAGUGACUUGCCAGGCUCAGUGCUGAGGGAACACUGCUGGGACUUGACCCUGGCAAUGGUGCACAGGCAGAAAACAAAUCCCACUGUACACAAGUGAAGAUCACAGUGCACUCUCCAUGGUAAGCGGGUGGAAAGAGGGGAUAUGUACCACAAUUAGACUCUUGAUGAACAAAAUAACAAUGUCAUGGAAAACAGAAGAAGAUGACAGAGGAGUGCAAGAUUUUACCAAAAGAUAAAAGACAGGGGCAAUUCACGUGCUAAAAUAGCUUUAGAACAUAUCCAUGAUUUGCUAAAACAGUCCAUACAUUGUGGCAACCACCAACACAAAAGGUCUUCUCUGCACAAAAUUAAAGACCCGAGAUGAACCCCAUGCUGGGGAUCAGUGCACACCAUGACAUACCCACCCUUCCACCAUGUACCUGAGCCCAGGGUGGGAAUGCUCAUAGUGCCACCAUCGCCUGGGGAGCCAGGGACCACCAGGCUCUGUCUGUACACAUAAAUGCCUCUCACACAUGUGACAGAUACACAUUAGUUCAAAGUACUGCUGGGCGCUAGUGGUUCAUGCCUAUAAUCCUAGCUACUUGGGAGGCUGAGAUUGAGAGGAUCUCAGUUUGAGGCCAGCCUGGGCAAAUAGUUCAUGAGAC